AUGUCACUACAGGAUCGUUUCCAAGGUGAAUCACUUCAGGAGCAGACUCUAUCGAUCUUUGUCACAGCCCACGCAUCCAAGGCCAGUAUUCUUGCUCAACAACGUGCUGCCUAUCAAGGCCGUGGCAAUUUACCCCUGAGCACCACAACGGCCCUCGACCGCUACGGCACUGCCGCUAUCCAAGAAGCUAAGCGACUCUCGGACGAAGACAAUCGCAGUCUUCGCAUCUUCCUACACCUCCAAGCACUUUGCGGUACACCCGAGGCCCAGAAAAGCUUACACGCAUGGCAAGAGGCGUACGCCCGAAGAAUGGGACGCAGCGUACUCCUGCCAGAAGGCACAAACUCAGACAGGGGAUUCGUUGCGCGGCUCUUUAGUGGAAGCGGAGGUGGAAGACGGAGCUUCGGCAGCUCCCAGUUGGAGAGAGAAGCUGGCAAAGGCAAGCAGGGGAACGUCAUGCGAGCAAGCAUUAUGUAA